GUCACAAUUACAAACAGACUGUGGAGGAGGCUGCUGCUUAUCUGUGGGGUCUUUCCCACUGUCACACAUGCAGCGUGCAAGGGAAGAAGACCGUAGUGCAGGAGACAAUGGAUAUCGCCUCAUGCCAUGGCUGCUCAACCCAUAUUUACAUCCCCCAAAUCAGGAUCAACGCAGGUAUAACGUGGCCCAUCGCAGGACACGCAGCCAAAUUGAGAGAGUAUUUGGGCUUCUCAAAAGUCGCUUCCGUUGCCUUGAUGUAACGGGCUGGGCAAUGUUAUAUAACCCUGUACUUGUGUGUAAAAUAAUCCUUGCUUGCUGUGUGUUGCAUAAUAUAGCCACAGCAAAUGCAAUUCCUGUAGAAAUUGCAGAAGACCUGCAAGAACAUAUUAACUGUCCCGGGGAGGUUGGUAAUGAAAGCAGUCAAGCUGGAAUUUUACGUAGGAAUGAAAUAGCCAAAACAUUUUUCCAUUUCUAAGUCUUGUUCCAGACAUUUUUUGUUUAAAACAUGUUUUUGCUAAUUGUGUUUAAGUCAUAAUGGAUGUUAACCACACCCUCUUGCCAAUGUGGCUCUUGUUUUUGUUGUUUGCUUAUGUUUUGGCUCAAACUAUGUAAAUAAAAAUGUCUCUUUAUUUGGAAGGGCAAAAUAUUGCAUUAGG